GAUAUGAACUAUACAUUUUCAGUACUGGCAGUGAAUUUCGGAACGCAGCCUUCGUAAGCACCUAUUGAGUGAGAAUGAGAGAGAGAGAGGGCCGUAGCGCGUUGCACGUUGUACGUCGCAUUACCGUACGUUGUUAUACAUCUAGAAGAGGAGAAAAUGUCAUCGUGCGAGCAAAUUCAAGAUUUCACGUGUCUGUAACAACACUGAAAUAAUCAUAGCUUCAACAGCUGCAGUAUUCUGUACGCGUUAACAGUGUAGAAAUGGAAGCGGACUAUCAGCCGACGUUGAGUCCAUCGCGGACGUUAAUAGGUAUAACUAACGACUGUGAAGAUCCAUACCCCAGUUUAUCUGAUUAUCAUGAUUAUGAACCAAAUCUGGAAUUUGAUGACACAGAAUUGCAAACUACCUCCAAUAAUGGUAAUAUAUCCAAUGAAAUUUGCUUGAUUUUUAAUUUGUAUUGUAUAUUUUAUAGUUGUUUUAUUACAGCUGUACAACUUCUGGAAGAAAAAUUAGAUUUGGCCAGUAGCGGCACAGGUACUGGGAUAGAUUAUUUGGAAAGCCCAGUGAGUGACGGCACGAUUGAAGAGAACUUUGAGGAAGCUUUGGUAGAUGCUCCAGUUAUUGAAUCUGCAGCAGAAGAUCUUGCUGCUUUAGAUGGUGAACUCGCCGAUGAGGAAGAUUAUCUAGACAUAUCUAGACACGGAAUUGUGGAAGUAGUCGGCGAUGAUAGUGCUGGUCGCAAAAUAAUAGUAGUGUCAGCCUGUAAAUUGCCUCCUGUUGGAAAGGAGACCUUCAAUCAUGCUAAGCUGCUUAGGUAUCUUACAUAUACCUUAGACACGUUCGUGGAGCAAGAUUAUAGUCUCGUUUACUUUCAUUAUGGUCUUACGUCCAAAAAUAAACCACCUUUAUCAUGGUUAUGGCAGGCGUACAAAGCAUUUGAUAGAAAAUAUAAAAAGAAUCUCAAAGCUCUAUAUCUAGUACAUCCGACUAAUUUUAUUAGAAUUGUGUGGCAAAUAUUCAAACCAGCUAUUAGCGUAAAGUUUGGACGGAAGAUGAUGUACGUUAAUUAUCUAGAGGAAUUGGCACAAUACAUUAAUUUAGAUCAACUUAUCAUACCUCCCCAAGUGAUAGAACACAACGAACAGCUAUUGAUAAAGAAUAAAAAAAACCUAUUAACAAAUCCGACGCAAAGUACAGUAACUACGCCAGUUGGCACGACUCAAUUCGGUGCUAGCCUGCAAUUUAUAAAGGAAAAUAAUAACGGUGACUCGAUACCGCCAAUACUAAGACAGUGUGUAGAAUUUCUCGAUAGUCCUGACGCUCUCGAAACUGAAGGAAUAUUCCGAAGAUCAGCCAACUUAAUGGUUAUCAAAGAACUUCAGAAUCGUUGUAACCAAGGUCUACCCAUCGAUUUUCAAGGAGAUCCACAUAUUGCUGCGGUUCUCCUUAAAACUUUUCUCCGCGAAUUAGACGAACCUCUUAUGACCUAUGAAUUAUAUGAUGAAAUUACACAAUUCCAAACAUUAUCAAAGGAUGAACGUCCUCGUAAAGUUAAGAUAUUAGUACUAGAGAAGCUUCCUGAGGACAACUAUCAAGUCCUUAAAUACAUCGUACAAUUUUUAUCAAGGGUAAUGGACCGAUGUGAUUUGAACAAGAUGACUUCUAGUAAUCUUGCAGUCGUAUUUGGACCGAAUCUAGUUAGAGCGCCGCCAGCUCGUGGGAUGUCUCUCUCCGCGAUAGGGCCCAUCAACCAAUUUAUAGACUUUUUAUUCACCUAUCAAGAUAAGAUAUUCAUUAUUUAAAAGUACACCAUGCAGACAGUCGAGGGCCUAAUCAUAACAUUCAAUUAUUGAUGAUAUGAUUAUUACCACGUAUAAUAUUUGCACUUUCGUUUACUGGAAUAUUUUAAUAUCCGACAAUAGAGAAAAGAGCAGAAGAGAAGAUGCCCAAUAUUUGUUUACACGUUUUUGCACAACAUUUUUUAUAAGAAUACAACUAAGUACAAUAAUUUUCGCGGGUGAGAGGAAAAGAAGAAUGUGUAUAUCUAGAAAAAAAAUUACGACCAAAUACCAAAGAUAUAUGAAACGUCACACAGUGAAUAUAUAUAUAUAUAUAUAUAUAUAUAUAUUUAUUUAUUUAUAUAUAUAUAUAUAUACAUAUAUAUAUAUAUAUAUAUAUAUAUAUAUAUAUAUAUAUAUAUAUAUAUAUAUAUAUAUAUAUAUAUAUAUAUAUAUACAUACACUAUUUAAAAUAGUUAUUUAAAAUAAUAUUUACUAAUUUAAUAAAAUAAUAUGUUCGAAAAUAGAAGAAGAUAUCGAGGGAUGCUUUUAUUAUCGCGAGAGAUCAUGAAUGAUAAUAUUUUUCUUCUAAAAUCUCUUAUAUAAACUUUUUUAAUGUCAUAUUUAAUUUAAUUUUUAUUUAACACAACGAACGUUUUAUUUUAAAAGUUAUGCCAAUUAUUUUUUAAUCUACAAUCUUUGAAAGUUUAGUUAUUUUUAUUUAGUUGUUAUUUUUACUAUAUUGAUUAAAACGUUUAAAAUAAGAUUGUUCCAGUCAUUAUUAUCAAGUCAAUUUAAACAAUUUCGAUAAAUUUUUUUUCAUUGCAUAACAAUGAGUUUUUAAUGAGUUUUUAUUACAGAGUUAGACUUAUAAAUUGUUUAAUUGCCCUGUUUCGGUUACUACAUAAUUUAUAAAAUAUCUCGUAAUUUUUAUGGAAAAAAUAUCUCUAUAUACUAAACGUAAAAUAUGUCAACUAAAAAUAAACUUUUUAAUACUUAAUCUUUUGCAUUGCAGGAUUUUAUGUAUAUACUGGAAAAAUUGAUAAAAUCUAAUAAUUGUGGUUUAACAAAUGUAGUAUACAUGAUACUGUAUCUAAGUAAAUUCAAGAAGGUGAGAUAUAUUAAAGAAAAUGAUUAAUAAUGCAAAAGAAUUUAUAUAUGUGAUACACGCGCACGCAUACACACACACACAUACCACACACAUAUUAUAGAAAGAGAAAGAUACAUAGUGUUAAUAAAACAGACUUUUCUGGUGACUUAGUCACUGUGUAAAUUUUAGUAUUCUUCUGAUAUUCUUUUCUCGAUUAUAAUCUUGAGAGAAGAAUUUGUGUGAUCGUUAAUUUCGUUUUAUUAUCAUAAUAAAGAGAUAAUGAGAACGAAAAAAGAGAGGAAUAUAAUUUGUAUUGUGAAUGUCAGGGUACUAUAUAGUUUAAUGUUUUAGUUAAUUUUAUCUGUCAUUUAGAUAUAAGGAUAAAAGACUUAGCAUUUUUCGUGAAACAAAUCGUAUCUAUAUAUAUCCUUUUAAACGGUCCUGCCAUUAUGGGUAACUGGGAUAAAGUAUGGGCUAACAGCCUAAAACUGCUCUCUAUUAUUGAAAAGACUAACCCAGACCUAUAUAGAACUGAUGUGACAUUCCUUCUCAUUGUCUAUAGAAAAAUGUAUAAUAAAAUAUGUUAAUUUCUAAAUCUAUGAUAAUUGGUACAUCGAUUGUAUGUUACAAUCCUUUGUAAAUUCUAAACAUCUCACGCACAGAACUUAUAUACAAGGUGUAAAAAAAAAGUAAAUAGAACAUUCUUCUAUAACAUUAUUACAAUUUACUAUUAUAUAUUUUUUUUUUCAUAUAACUUAUAACAAUAAUUUAAACUUUACAAUAAUUAUUUAUCGCUAAUUUUUAUAAUUUCAAACGAAUAAAAACAUUGUGAGUUAACAAACAAUA